AUGACGUCAAGGGAAUAUUCUCCCCGAGGAAGAAGCAUGAGCAUUUCGCCCGAGCCGUACAGGAGGGAUUCUCCGGGUUACAGGAGCAGAUCUGGUUCGAGAUCUCCGAGUCACAGGAGGCGCAAUGGACAUCAUAAGAAAUCACACCAUCACGAUUACGAUAGGCGAGAGAGUGACUAUGAAAGUGACUACGAAUACCGCGAUAAAGACUCUUACGAUGGUGACAGAGAGAAGAAAAGAUCUCACAGUCCCGACUACAGGGAGAGGGACAGGGAUAGGGAUAGAGAUAGGAGGCACCAUCGCAGAGAUAGGGAGUAUCGCAGAAGGCGAUCCAGGAGCAGCUCGCGCUGGGAAAGGAAAUCUGAGGAUAGGAAACGCGACAGAGAUCGAUAUAGGGAUGAUGAUAGGGACAGUGAUAGCUCUUAUGAUUUUGACAGUGAAAGAAGUCCUGGCACGGCACCACUCGGAGCGAGCGGAGCUGAAAUAAUCGGUUACAAAAGCCAACCUCCUAAUAAUACCAUCAUGAUCAGAGGCCUGGCUCAGCAUAUAACCGAGUACGAUAUAAGACAGGACAUAAUAUCUUGCGAGCUAAUGCCGAAGGAUAUCCGGCUCAUCAGGAAAAAAGAUACAGGUGCUUCCCGCGGUUUCGCCUUUGUCGAGUUUGCUACUGUGGGUGAGGCUGUUCGAUGGAUGGAGAUUAAACAGGGCGUCUUAAUGCUACAAGACCAAUAUCGUGCUAUUAUGCAAUAUAGUAUUCCCAAGGAUCUGAGCUCGUCCGAUAAACCUCCUUCCUAUAAGGCCUCCGCUGAUUGGUUUUGCAUAAAAUGCGGAGCUCAAAAUUUCAAGAGAAGAGACAACUGUUUCAAGUGCCACGCGUCUCGAACGGAAAGCGAAGAAGGAGGAAGUGGAAGUGAUGAAAUUUGCAAUUAUGCCACCAAAACAAUCAUGAUGAGAAAUUUAGACGCUUUAACUACCGAAGAUUCCGUUAUGUCUGUACUUAGUACUGCUAUACCUGAUUUAAUAAAAAGUAUAUCGGCAGUAUGUAUAGGAAGAGAUCCUCUCACAUCUACCUCAAGAGGAUUAUGUUACCUCGGAACGGAGAGUACAAUCGAUGCUUUAGCAAUAUUUGGAGCUCUUAAUAACCUUAAAACACCCUUAGCUAUUGAUGGAAAAACUGUGAUAUUAUCGUAUUGUAAAUAUAACAUGGGCGAUACCAAAAAGGCGUAUUCGCAAGCGGACCACGAGGCCUUCCCGAACGCCGCAGUUCCCAGUACUUACGCGAUGACGGACGUCGACAGUCUGGCCGAAUACGCCGCCAGGCGAUACGCCAAGACCCCCCAAGAGUACAUGUCUUACAUCGAAUAUUAUAGGAACUUCUUCAGCCAGCAAAUCAGCGCGGGAAAUUCGAUAACGCUGCAAGAGAACCAGAUGGACGCCGCCAACGCCGCCGCCGCCGUCGCGCAGUCCGCCAUCCAGCAACUAGCCGCCAAUAAAACCACCACACCCUAUUACGAGCAAAUCCCGCCCAGCGGCACCGACGGCAAAAAAUACCCUGUUCCAGACGUUUCUCGCUACGUCUACGACAAGAUAACGGGUUAUCAGUACUGCUCGACGACGGGUCUUUACUACGAUCCGAAUUCUACUUACUACUGGAACAACCAUUUGCAGAAGUGGCUGUAUUGGGAUCACGACAAGCACACUUACAGCCUGGCGCCUGUUUACGAUUCCUCCACCCAAAACUCCCAACCUUGCGCGGAAGUCACCUCCACGCAAGAACCCGACAACAAGAAGCAGAAACAGGAGAAACAGGACAAAGUCAAAGUUGCCAAAAAAAUCGCCAAAGACAUGGAACGAUGGGCUAAAACGUUGAACCAGAAGAAGGAGAAUUCGCUGUACAAAGCGACGGCCGAUUACAGCGUGAGCUCCAGCAGCGCCUCCGCCGACGUCGGGUUUUCGGUUCUCGAGAAGAAGGCCUUGGCGUCGCCGGCGCCGUCUUCGACGCCUUUCUUCAAGCCCGACAACGACGAUCCGAGCACGUCCAAUUCGUUACCGUCCGGAGCGCCCCUGGUGGCCGCGUACGGAGGCGAAAGCGACUCGUCCGGCGACGAGGAGGAGCUGCUCGACUACCAGAAACUCAUUUGUAACCUGUGCAAAAGACAAUUGGGAUCGUCCGAGGCUCUCACCAAGCACGCCAAGCUCUCCACGCUCCACAAGCAGAACCUCGAGGCCCGCAACAAGAAGAAGAGCGACAAGGCGAACGAGAAGAUCGUCUACCGGGACAGGGCCAAGGAGCGGCGGAUGAAGUACGGCGAUCCGGACGCGCCGAAGCCCAGUAAAUUGAAAGAGAAGUACCUCAAAGCCAGAGAUGCGGAUAUUCCUUUGCCCACGGCUUCCGUUACCGAACCCAUCGGCGCCGAAAACGUCGGAAAUCGUCUGUUGCAGAAAAUGGGUUGGACGGAAGGACAAGGAUUAGGGAAGCAGAAUCAAGGAAGAACUACUAUUAUACAGGCCGAACAACAUAGUAGUACCGUAGGUUUAGGCAACAAACUUCCAGGUUACACAGCUUUAGCGGGGGAAUCGUACAAGGACUGUGUGAAAAAGAUGAUGUACGCGCGUUAUCAGGAGUUGACCGAAAAAGAGAACAGCAAUUAA